AUGCCCAAUCUGCUCGGACCCGGUUCGAGUAGGGACGCGCCAAGGCGCAGCUACAGGGUGCUUUGGGUGGAUCGCUCAGCCAGACAAGGCAAGGAGCUCACCGCAUGCUGCUCGCAACUGUAUCGCUUCCUGAUCACGAUUCCUUCCUCCUCGCACAACCACAGGAGGCCAGCCAACAUCCCGCUGCACGACUUGUCGUCCACAGCACGUCGGCGAGACACCGACUCGGCUUAUCUCCUCGACGACCGCGAUAAGGAUAGCGCGUCCUUUGACACCCCUUCGUCUGAUUCUGACCUUUCGCUCUGGAGUGACACAGGCGAUCUUGUCGACCAGCUUGCCGACCGCGAAGACCUGCUGCGCAUCCGUGUGCGAGACUCGCUCGAAGAGAGCCGUCCCAAGCAGCGCCGCCAGCACCAGAAGCACGCACGCUUCCAGUCGCAGGACAGCUUCCGCGAGAAGGGCUCCCGGAGGCUCCAGAAGGAGGACAUAGAGAUACCCGACCCUGGGCCGCGAACAAUCUCGCAAGCGGAGAAGCUCCUCGUUGCCAUUAUGGCGCCCAACGAUGGCCCCUCCCGCAUCCACGGGCUGCACGGGAAGAAGUUGAUCUACUUCACCAGUGUGUUCGUGUCGUUGGGAGUGUUUCUCUUUGGCUAUGACCAGGGAGUCAUGUCUGGAAUCAUUACUGGAGUCUACUUCAAGGACUACUUCAACCAGCCUACAGCUGCCGAGCUGGGCACCAUGAUUGCCAUAUUGGAAGUCGGCGCAUUCAUCUCGUCACUAGUGGUCGGCCGCAUUGGCGAUGUUCUAGGCAGACGCAAGACCAUCAUGUACGGGUCGCUCAUCUUCAUCGUUGGCGGCGCCCUACAGACCACAGCCAACGGCAUGGCGAUGAUGAUGCUGGGGAGAAUCAUUGCUGGUCUGGGAGUGGGAGCGCUCUCGACCAUCGUCCCGGUUUACCAGUCGGAAAUCUCACCACCUCACAACAGAGGGAGAAUGGGCUGCAUUGAAUUCACAGGCAACAUCGCUGGCUAUGCUGCCAGCGUCUGGGUGGACUACUUCUGCAGCUACAUGAAGAACGACUGGGCCUGGAGAGUUCCAUUGGCUCUGCAGUGCAUCAUGGGACUGCUUCUGGCGAGCGGCAGCUUGCUCAUCUGCGAGUCCCCUAGGUGGCUUUUGGACAACGACCACGAUGAGGAGGGCAUUGUAGUCAUCGCCAAUUUGUAUGGAAAGGGUGACAUCCACAACCCUAAAGCACGAGAUGAAUACCGAGAGAUCAAGAUGAACGUGCUGCUUGCCCGCCAAGAAGGUGAACGUUCAUACUCGGAUAUGUUCAAGCGAUACUACAAGCGCGUCUUCAUUGCCAUGUCUGCCCAAGCCCUUGCGCAACUCAACGGCAUCAACGUCAUAUCGUACUAUGCACCCCUCGUCUUUGAAGAAGCUGGCUGGGUUGGCCGUCAGGCGAUCCUCAUGACGGGCAUCAACGCCAUCACGUAUCUCCUGUCUACGAUUCCGCCUUGGUAUGUUGUGGAUACAUUGGGACGUCGCAAGAUCUUGCUCUCUGGAGCAAUCGCCAUGGCCAUCUCGCUCUCUGCAAUUUCCUACUUCAUCUUUCUGCAAGCGAGCUGGACGCCCAACAUGGUCGUCAUCUCGGUCAUGAUAUACAACGCGGCUUUCGGAUACUCAUGGGGCCCUAUUCCAUGGCUGUACCCGCCAGAGAUCCUGCCGCUUACCAUCCGUGCCAAGGGUGCCAGUCUGAGCACUGCAACUAACUGGGCCUUCAACUGGCUCGUUGGAGAGAUGACGCCUAUACUGCAGGAGCACAUUCAAUGGCGUCUGUACCUCAUUCACGCCUUCUUCUGCGCCGCUAGUUUUGUUAUCGUAUACUUCAUCUACCCCGAGACUGCCAACGUUCGUCUAGAGGACAUGAACUCUCUGUUCGGAGACGCUACGACUGUCGCGGCGACACCCCAAACUCUAGCCGAAGUAGAAUCGCUCUUCAGCGGCGACCGUGGCUCACCUGUCCCAUCUCUGGAUAUCCGAGGUGGUCGCGGUGCAGAUGCUGCCAUUCCCGGACUCAACAUCGAUCCGCCUGAUCUUGAGAGCGGCAACUCGUUGUCAAAGGCGGAGGCUGACGGUGAGGGCAUCGGCGGCUGGAUCUCCAACAUGGUGAAGAGGAACGGCAACGGAGGCGACAGCUCAAGCGGGAAGUACAAGCGGAUAGACCAAGAUGAGCUCUGAGCAGCACACACUCGUUGUUGGCAUUUCCUGGACGUUUUGCAUCAUCUGGCCGUGUUUGGCAGCGACAUGGUUCGAUACCCGGAGUGAUAUCACUUGGCACGCGAGUUUUGUGUUGAUAGAGGACGCAUGGCAUUUCUUAUAGCGAGUGUUUGGGGCUGUUUAGGCUUGGAUAGUGUGCAUAUAGGCAGCUUGAAAUAGAUUAUUACUGGGAUUGAAAAGACGUCAAUGUGAGGACAAGCUCUUCGGCGGCGUUGCUGUCUCGC